UGUGGUAUUGCAAAUACGAUCCUUUGCAACUCUCUUCUGUGGCCUGCUGAUAUAUACGGUGACGUAGAGACCGCCAUUAUCGCGGUAGUUUCGGUGUCUGUUGUGUAUAAAUUUAAAAGUGUUUAGAACAAUGGCUAUCAUAGCUGUGUACAAUGUGUUAUCUAUUGGGUUGAAACAAUGGAACUAAUCUUAAAAAUGGCGGAAGGAAAUGGUGAGUUGGUUGACGAUGUUGGAGUGAAAGCGGACGAUCGUGCUGAUGGUGAACGAACCGAAGACUAUCCCAAACUAAUAGAAUAUGGGCUAGACAAACGAGUUGCCGGCAAAUUAGACGAUAUUUAUAAAACAGGAAAAUUAGCCCAUGUUGAAUUAGAUGAACGAGCACUUGAUGCAUUAAAAGAAUUCCCGGUUGAUGGUGCCUUAAAUGUAUUAAGUCAGUUCCUUGAAUCCAAUUUAGAACAUGUAUCCAAUAAAUCUGCCUAUUUGUGUGGUGUGAUGAAAACGUAUCGACAAAAAAGUAGAGCCAGCCAACAAGGAGUGCCAGCGCCUGCGACCACAGUGCAAACGAAGGGGCCAGACGAAGAGAAAAUUAAGAAAAUACUUGAACGCACAGGUUACACAUUAGAUGUCACAACAGGUCAAAGAAAAUAUGGUGGUCCACCGCCGAAUUGGGAAGGCAACACACCCGGCAAUGGAUGUGAAGUGUUUUGUGGCAAAAUACCAAAAGACAUGUUUGAAGAUGAACUUAUACCGUUGUUUGAAAAAUGCGGUUCGAUAUGGGAUUUAAGACUUAUGAUGGAUCCGAUGACUGGCACGAAUCGUGGAUACGCAUUUGUUACGUUCACUGGACGGGAAGCUGCACAGAACGCCGUCAAGGAGCUCGAUAACUACGAAAUAAAAUCUGGAAAAUGUUUGAAAAUUAACAUAAGCGUACCGAAUCUACGCCUAUUUGGCAACAUACCUAAAUCAAAAGGCAAAGAGGAGAUACUAGACGAAUUUGGUAAAUCGACAGCUGGCCUAGUUGAAGUCAUAAUUUACAGUUCACCGGAUGACAAAAAGAAAAACCGAGGUUUCUGUUUUCUUGAAUACGAAUCACAUAAAGCUGCAUCAUUGGCUAAACGAAGACUCGGAACAGGACGCAUAAAGGUUUGGGGCUGUGAUAUCAUAGUCGAUUGGGCCGACCCACAGGAGGAACCCGACGAAACAACCAUGAAUAAAGUCAAAGUAUUAUACGUUCGCAAUCUCACCCAGGACAUCAGUGAAGAAAAAUUGAAGGAAAGUUUCGAGCAAUUUGGCAAAGUGGAGCGAGUGAAAAAGAUUAAGGAUUACGCAUUUGUACAUUUCGAAGAUAGAGAUCACGCUGUCCUGGCUAUGCGUGACCUAAAUGGCAAAGAAUUGGGUUGUUCAAAUAUCGAGGUGUCGCUGGCUAAACCUCCGUCUGAUAAAAAGAAAAAAGAGGAAAUACUGCGAGCGAGAGAACGUCGCAUGAUGCAAAUGAUGCAGGGACGUUCCGGUGUCGUAGGUACGUUGUCACCAACUCAUCCGAGUAUGAUUCCAGCCGGAAUACCGCCUAUUCGAGGUGUAUCGGGUGCCAGUGCUCGCGUUCCACUACGAGGACCAAUGGGACGAGGUGAAUACGUAGUCGGUAAACGUAAGUUUGAUGGUGGUCACCAAAACCAAGGGGAUCCAAAGCGACGUUAUGCAAGUGCCAUAGUUGGCAAUGGUGGUGGCAAUUGGGGCAGUCAACCGUUACCCCAACAACCGUUAGGCACCAACGGAGAACAAUGGUAUACGGACACCUUUCCUGCAUGGAGUUAAAGCGUUGAUGAUUGAUUAAAAAUUUAUUAAUGAGAAAUAUUUAAACUGAAAACAAAAAAAUGGAAAACGAAAAAAAACGUUCGUGAUGAAUUCGUGCUAGAAGCAAAUAUGCGAAAUUAAUUUGUGCGAAACAAAAAAAAACAAUUAAUAAGAAAUUAGAGAGAACAAAACAAUUUGAUAUCACAAAAAUCAUGGAGAUAUCACAAAUCGAAAAUUAUGUAAAUUUUU